AUGGGCAGCGGCGGCAUAAAGCUGCGUCAGCUGACGGACGGCCGCCAUCUUAUCCAGGUGAUAUACACGCCAAAUGGCGUCAUCCAGGACUGCGAGUACGUCACCGACACGAAGACCACCAGAAACUUCUUAAAAACCGUCAGGAAAGAGCUGAAGUUAGCGUUGGAGGAGCAAACGUACAAGAUUCUGGGCGAAGACAAGGAGGCGGACGUCGGAAACGAGAGAUUCUACCGCCAUUUUGGCAAUAUGACUUUGAGGCUGUUGAAGGGCGGCGAAGGGUUGCCAUCUAACAUCGCGGAAUGGCUAGAUUACGACAGACUGAGGGUCGAAUGCUUGGAGAGGCAUGAGGAACUCACAUAUAUGAUGGCGAACAGGAAUAAAGCUGGUGAACAGGCGUUGACGAGGUCGCGUCGCUCCUUCAGGGAGAAUUUCAUAGUGCCCGGCACUAAAUGGUGCGGCGCCGGCCAGUUGGCCGCCAACUACGGCGAGCUAGGCGACGAUAGGGCCGAGGACCGCUGCUGUAGGGCGCACGACAGCUGCCCCGCCAACAUACCGGCACUAGGGAGGCGUUUCGGCCUCCUUAACUUUAGGCCGUUCACGAUCUCGCACUGCCGUUGCGAUAGGAGAAAGAAGCGGGACGCGAUGGAGUUGCUGCGGGUCCCCGGAACGAAGUGGUGUGGCAAGGGAUUCUCGGCGACGCACUACUCCCAGCUGGGCGGCUACACGAGGACGGACAGAUGCUGCCGCGUCCACGACCUGAGGUGCCCCUUCUGGAUCGGUGGCAUGGAGAAGAAGUACGGCCUGUACAACUGGCGCGUGAACACGCUCAUGCACUGCCGCUGCGACGAAAGAUUUCGCGCGUGCCUGAAACUUGCCGACACGUCCGUGUCCAACAUGGUGGGCAAGCUUUUCUUCAACGUCGUCCAAACCAAAUGCUUCAUCUUGAAACCUGUGAAAAUGUGCACGCAAAGGUCCUGGUGGGGCAAGUGUCUAAGGCGGGAGUAUAUGAAACAAGCCUUCUUGCGGGACAACCUGCCUUAU